AUGGCCACACCGAAAGAUCAUGCCGGGAAUGGCGCAGAUGAUCCUGCACAGUCAUCGAAGGGCGACCAAGAGGAGCCCUCGGCCUUCAAAGGCUUUCUGAGAGUGUUUGAUUUUGGUCACGCAGCCGACUACGCCCUCGAAUCCAUCGCCAUAAUCGCUGCCAUCGCCUCGGGCGUUGCCCUGGCUAUGGUAAACAUUGUCAUCGGCCAGUUCAUCUCGCUUCUGAGCGACUCCCACUCAACUUCAGGCUCUCAGCCGGAUGGAUUCAUGGCCGCCGUUAGCAAAACAGCGCUCUACUUCGUGUACAUCGGCAUCGUGCGAUUUGUAUGCACGUACAUCUACGCCUCGCUCUUCACCUUUGUCGCCCACCGUCUGACCCGUAACAUUCGACACGAGUACCUCCGCGCCGCGUUCAGCCAGGAGAUUGGUUUCUUCGACAAAUCCAGCGGCUCCAUCUCCAUGCAAGCCACGUCCAACGGAAAGCUGAUCCAGUCGGGCAUUGGCGAAAAGCUCGGCAAUCUCGUCCAGGCCAGCGCUACUUUUGUCGCAGCCUUCAUCAUCGCCUUCAUCACCCAGUGGAAGCUCACGCUGAUAAUCAUCGGCAUGGUGCCGGUGCUCCUCAUCGUCGUUGGCGGCGCCGCCGGACUGGACGCGCAAAUCGAGACGGACAUUCUCAAGAUCCACGCCCAGGCAGCAAGCUUCGCCGAAACGACUCUUGCAGGUGUUCGUACCGUUCACGCCUUUGAUCUCCGCAAGAGGGUCGUCAGCCAGUACGAUUCGUUCCUCCAGAACUCGUUCCGCCUGGGCAUGAAGAAAAACAAAAUCUACGGGGUUCUGUUCGGUGGGGAAUACUUCAUCGUUCACGCCGCCAUGGGCUUGGCCUUUUGGCAGGGUAUUGCCAUGGUGAAUCGUGGGGAAAUUCCUGACCUCGGUGGUGUUUUCACUGUGCUCUUCUCUGUUGUCAUCGCCGCCAGUACAGUCAUGACCAUCGCCCCGCAGAUGGUCACCUUCGGCCGCUCAGCGACUGCUGCGGCCGAGCUCUUCACGCUGAUUGACAGGAAAUCCGAGAUUGAUCCUUUUGAUCAAUCGGGAGAACGACCAGGUAGGCUCGUUGGCGAAGUUCAGCUUCAAAACGUUUCUUUCAGCUAUCCCACGAGACCAGAUGUCACCGUGCUCGAUAACUUCAGUCUACGUGUUCCUGCAGGGAAGGUCACGGCCUUGGUGGGUCCCAGUGGAUCGGGGAAAAGCACCAUUAUUGGACUUUUCGAGCGAUGGUACAACCCGACGGCCGGUACAGUAAGAUUGGACGGCAAAGAUAUCAAGGACUUGAAUCUCAAAUGGCUUCGAACCAACGUUCGUCUUGUGCAACAGGAGCCUGUUCUCUUCAACGGCACCGUACUCGAGAACAUAUCUAAUGGCCUCGUCGGGACACCCUGGGAGACAGCCACGCCAGAGGAGCAACGACGACGUGUCGAGGACGCUGCUAAGCUCGCCUUCGCACACGACUUCAUCACCAGUCUCCCGCAAGGGUACGACACCAGGAUCGGAGAAAGAGGCGGUCUUCUUUCAGGCGGGCAGAAGCAGCGCAUCGCUAUUGCCCGCAGUCUUAUAUCUGAGCCGCAGGUGCUUCUCCUCGACGAAGCGACUAGUGCCCUCGAUCCUCACGCCGAAGGUGUGGUUCAGGAAGCCCUCAAUAGAGCCUCCCAGAACCGGACAACCAUUGUCAUCGCCCACAAAUUGGCAACCAUCCGGAACGCUGACCACAUUGUGGUCAUGUCUUCAGGCCGUAUCGCUGAACAAGGUCGCCAUGACGAUUUAGUCGCAAUGAACGGAAUCUACCACAAUCUUGUCAAGGCACAAGACCUGUCCCCAGCCGAGACCCAGCAGACCACCCAGCGCCUCUCAGAGAAGGAAUCUACCCUGGACGACAUCCCAGGGGUGGAUCAUCCACUUGUCAAGAACAAAACGACUGAGGAGAGGCAUCUGGCGUCGCUCAAAGACAGGGAAGACUUCACACUGUUCAAGCAGAGAGGCCUGAUCAGCACCGUCGUGAAGCUGAUGGGCUGCACGCCCGAACUGAAGUUCUGGUAUCUGCUGGCACUCAUCUCCUGCAUCAUCGGAGCUGCCCUGUUUCCCGCACAGGCCCUGCUCCUCGGCAACAUCCUCGACGUCUUCUCAUCCCCCGACAUGGUGUCUCGAGGCAAUUUCAUCUCACUCAUGUUCUUAGUCAUCGCCUUUGGGUGUCUGAUCGGAUAUUUCCUUCUGGGAUGGUCUAGCAACAUGAUCGCACAGACCCUGGGUAGAAAGAUGCGCAGAGAACUCUUGGACUCUGUCCUCCGUCAAGACCUGCGGUUUUUCGAUCGCCCCGAGAACACCAUCGGCACGCUGACAAGCCGUCUCGACUCUUACCCCCAGGCGGUGUUCGAGUUCAUGGGAUUCAACGUUGCUCUUCUUAUUCUAGCCCUCAUCAACUUGUCAGCUUGCAGCAUCCUCGCCAUCUCGGUUGCCUGGCGCCUUGGCUUGGUCGGCGUUUUCGCUGGGCUCCCUCCCAUGCUGCUGGCUGGAUGGGUACGCAUUCGGCUCGAGGUGAAGAUGGAGAACGCCAUGGACAAGUCAUUCUUGCAGAGCACGUCCGUAGCGUCAGAGACAGUGAUGGCGGUACGCACCGUCUCCUCUUUGGCGCUUGAGCAGAAGAUGCUAGACAAGUACACGCACGAGCUGGACAUGGCUAUUCAAAACGCGGCACCAUCGCUGUUUCACAUGAUGAUUUGGUUCUCGAUGACCCAGGCAAUCGAAUACUUCGUCCUCGCCCUUGGCUUCUGGUGGGGAUCCAAGCUCAUCAACGACGGUUACAUCAACUUCUAUCAGUUCAUCGUCUCCUUCAUGGGUGUUUACUUUUCGGGUCAGGCGACGAGCCAGAUGUUUGUCUUCGCAGGCAAUUUCACAAAGGGCCAUAAAGCCGCCAAUUACUAUUUCUGGAUGUCUGCCCUCGAGCCCACGAUUCAGGAUACCCCCGAGAACAGUGGCAAGGGACCAAAACACGGCUGCAAGUCUUUCGAUCUGGAAAAUGUCCAGUUUGCCUACCCUCUGGCGCCGCACAACCGGGUUCUCAAGGGGAUUUCACUCACCAUUCAGCCUGGCGAGUUUGUCGCAUUUGUAGGGCCAUCGGGCUGCGGUAAGAGCACGAUGGUUUCACUGCUGCAACGUUUCUACGACCCCGUCAGCGGCACCAUCAACGUAGAUUCAUCACCUUUGAACUCGAUCAGCCCUUCUCUCUAUCGUAAGAACAUAUCUCUAGUGCAGCAGGAACCGACGCUGUUCCCGGGCACCAUCCGGGACAAUAUCUCGCAGGGCGUCGACACAACCACGACUGGCCCGCUGCCCGACUUUCAGCUAGAAGAAGCCUGUCGUUCCGCCAAUGUCUGGGACUUCAUAGCCUCGCUCCCAGAGGGCCUUGAUACGCCUUGCGGAACGGGCGGCAGCCAGCUCUCGGGCGGCCAGCGACAGAGAAUUGCGAUUGCACGCGCCCUCAUCAGAAAGCCGGCCGUGAUCCUGUUGGACGAGGCGACAAGCGCACUGGAUACCGAGUCUGAGCGCAUCGUUCAGGGCGCGUUGAAGAAGGCGGCAACGACUGGCAAUAGGAUCACUAUUGCCGUUGCCCACCGACUGUCUACCAUUCGGGACGCAAGCCGUAUUUUCGUCUUCAACGGUGGAAUCAUCGCCGAGAGCGGGACUCAUGGAGAGCUCAUUGAGCGGGGUGGGAUGUAUGCGAAGAUGUGCGAGGCUCAAAGGUUAGGUCAAGAUAUGUAG